AUGUCCAUCGGCCGCCUCCUCGACGACGCCAUGGCCAGCGGCAAGGCGCGCGCCGUCGAGCUGGCCAUCUCGACCACCUACAGUCUAACGGACCGCGGCUGCGACAUGCGCGCCCUCAACAUAGGGUUCGCGUGUGGCCGGCGGUUCAGUGCGCUCUUGGACGGCUGCCCGGGCACCUUCGGGGGCCUGACGCGGCUAACCAUGUCAGACGUGAUGCUCCGCGGUGGUGCCGACUUCCACGACGUCCUCAGCACCUGCACCAGGCUGGAGGCCCUCUCCCUGCACUUCUGCAGCACCGUGUCACGAGUGGCGUGGCGCGUGCGGCACGCGCGGCUGGCCGAGCUGACCAUCUCCUACUGCUCUUUUUUCGAGGGCAUCGACCUCGUCUGGCUCCCCAUGCUACAACGGUUGGCUCACCGCGGCUGGUGGUGGUGCAGGACGCGGCCGCCCAUGUCCUUGGGUCACGUUCCACGCCUCGCCACCGUUACCCUGUCUACCCUUCGAGCCGUUGGCGAACCGACUCUCAAGUUAAGCCAGAUGGUUGCCAACAGUACUAGCGCCAUCACCGACCUGCGUCUCAAUUUCAGAGGCCAAGAUAUCUGGGUUAAACCUGAAGGCCCAAAACGGUUUAUGAAUAUGUUUCACAAUCUGAAGCAUCUAAAGAUUCGUAAUCUUCAUGAGAAUUGUGGCUUAGUAUCUUGGAUUAGCUUCCUACUCCAAACUUCACCUUGCCUAAAGGAGCUGCAUAUCAAGCUAUGUGAUGAUCAUGAAUGCGGCUUGCAACAUGAUGAUGAGAUCAACGAGGGUGGCUACGCAGCCAAGAAGAGAAAGGUGCCAUGGGAAGUAGCCGCUGGUUUCAGGCACUACGGCCUCACUCGGGUUACACUAUAUUCUAGGCCUUGACAGCACGGGAGAAAACGUUGUAGCCUGCAUACGCCGUCUGGUGGAUGCAGCCGUCAACCUGGAGGAGAUUAGGAUGCGCAGGAACACGCCCUGCAGCAAGUGUGGCGCCGCGGGGACGGGGUUCCCGAGCACGGACAAAGAGAGAGACUCGUUGAGGCAGAGGAUCUCCGGCGGUCAACCCGUGGCCUUCAGAAUCUGAUCCAACCUUAAAACUGU